AAUAAUUAAAUCAAUAAUUUCUUUUGUAAAAUUAAACUAUUCUUUAGAAAGUUCUUCAAUAAUAUUAAUCAAAUAAUAAAUAACUUGUGGUUAAAAACUUAUUAAUGGAUCAGAAAGAGAGGCCCCGAACAAAACGACUGGAACGGCCGACGCCUAAUGUUAUUCAUCCUAUUAUUGGCGAUAAAACACACAAAGAAUGCGAUUCUGGAGUUAAAGAAUGCACUGAAAUGAUAGGCAAAUGUCAAACAACUCCAUCAAAGAGUGUUAAUUUAAAAUCACAUCAAAUGAAAAACAACUUCUUGUCGACAACUGGUCCACAAUAUAAAACUACUACUAUAUCUCACAAUAAAUUUAGUGACCAGAAGUUGUUCACAACUAAUAAAGUGGUGCUUUUAAAGCGAAAUCGUAAUGAAAAUGAAAUCAAAGCCAUUAAAGAGCCAAAAGACAUAAUUAUGUCCGAAAAUACAAAAAAAUCAAAGAACGGAUCCAAUGAAUCAACAUUUAAGAGUAGUUUUCAAUUAAAAACUAUACCAAGAAUUGUCCACUCGAGUCGUCCCGUAAGAAAACAAACCAAUGAAGAAAAGACAACAAAAAGUAAAAAUGAAACAAAGGAUGACAUGACAGCGGAUUAUGACAGCGAGGUUUGGAAACACUUUGAAUCGCAACUAAUUCCGUGUUGUCAUUGCUUCCGCACAUUCUUUCCCCAUCGACUGGCCAUUCAUGAGAGGAGUUGUAGAGGCAUUGGAAUUGGAGGACAAUGCGUGCAAACGGCCCCAAAACCCAACACUGAAUAUAAUGCCAACAGUCGGACAAAUCAUACAUUCCUCGAGUGUAACACUUGCGGUCGUCGAUACAGUACUACUUCUUUAACUCUACAUGAAAUCAAGUGCCGAUUGGACACCAGAGUCAACAAUAACAACAAAAGAUUGAGUACAGGAAAGGGAGAGAAUGGGAACGAUAUGAUGACUGCGUGGGAACACUUCAAGAGUCAAUUGGUUUCGUGCAGAAAAUGCAACCGAAAGUUCUUAUCGGAUAGACUUGAAAAACACGAACCCAACUGUAAAUCAAACCCUAUUAUCAUUUCAUCAAAAAUCAACGCUAAAUAAAUUCAUUUAUUAAAAUAUUAAAGUAAUCUAAAAAUAA